ACUCUUCAUCUACAAAGCUGUAAAUCCAGGUUCAUUGUGAGCCGCAGGUCUGUCUCCAAGGCAAAAAAAAUUUGCCGUCCAUCCCAUUGAAUUAGAGAAUUGCGUUCCCGGCGUCCAACGAAAAAGUUCCUUUCGCAAUGGCGUCGAAGAGAAUCCUGAAAGAGCUCCGGGACUUGCAAAGGGAUCCUCCAACUUCAUGCAGCGCAGGCCCCGUGGCUGAGGACAUGUUCCAUUGGCAAGCGACCAUCAUCAGCCCGAACGACAGUCCGUAUUCGGGCGGAGUUUUUCUGGUGACGAUUCAUUUUCCGCCGGACUACCCUUUCAAGCCUCCAAAGGUAGCUUUCAGGACCAAAGUAUUCCAUCCAAACAUCAACAGCAACGGAAACAUAUGCUUGGACAUCCUCAAGGAGCAAUGGAGUCCUGCCCUCACUAUAUCCAAGGUAUUGCUUUCCAUAUGCUCUCUGCUCACGGAUCCGAACCCAGACGACCCGCUCGUGCCGGAGAUUGCUCACAUGUACAAGAGCGACAGACCCAAAUACGAAGCCAUGGCCCGGAGCUGGACUCAGAAGUAUGCCAUGGGCUGAAGGUUCAUGAUCAAGAAAGAUUAAAGAGGGUCGUAUAGAGAAGAAGUCGCUUUACUAGAAUAAGUUUUACUUUGGAAUUAUAAGGCCUCUUCAGAUUCGAUUCCUAAGCGUCGUUUCUGGGGUGUUGAUUCUGACUUUUGAGCUCCCAAUAAGAUGAUGAAAUUUCAUUC